AGAAGAAGCGUCCGUUUUGCCGUGAUUAAGUUUACAUGACGUAGAGAGAGGCUUUUUAUUUAUUUGUUUAUCUAUCUAUUUUUGUGGAGACGGAUCCUAAAAAACACACAAACAAAAACACCUAAAACCUGCGAUGGACAUUGUGUGAACAAUCGUGUGGUGAUUUAGGAACCUUCUAUGAAAUAUUUUGGACGUGAAUGUUGUUGGGUUCCCCCCCCCCCCCCCAAAGAGGUUAUGAGUUAUCUUUUUCAAAAAGAUCACUUCCCUGAGAUACCAAAAGGGACUUUUUUGUUGUUGUUCUGUGUCCGUUGCAUGUAAGUUUUUUUUUUUCUUCAUUUUUUGUUAAAGCGGCUGCGUUCCUCUUUAUCUUAAUAUUACUUGUAAAAUGUUCUGGUAACCAUCGCGACGGCUGAGGAAGAAACGCGUGUAAAGCACCUUUUAGACGGUAUUAACAGAUACCCGGCUACGUGUGGACGGGGUCUGAAUCAAACGCAUCCCCCACCCCCUUGUGUCCGCGUCUGAGACGUUGAAUUUUCACAGAAGGAGGGAAGCAGUUGACUGAGAAAAUGGCCUGGUUUCAUCAUGCUUUGCAAGAAGAGAGCCUACCACAGUCACCUUCCAUGGCGAAUCAUACAACGAAUAAUCAUGCAUGCCUCAACUCAAACCCCAGAUCAGCGAUACCAGUAGCUUUAUCUGAGGAUCAAGAUUGGCCUCAAAUUCUUCAAUCCUCCAUUACGUUCUACUCUACUGCUUCACAAGAGAUGGUAUGUGCAAGAGUGGGAGAGCACUGUUCCGAUAAUCAGAGUGAUUAUCCUGUGCCUCUGUCAUACGUGACACUACAGGAACAGCGUUGUGUGGUUAACUGGUUUCUUGGAUGGGGUCCCUCUCAAAGAGAGUAUUUUCUUCAAGACCUGAUUUCAAAGGCGGUACCAGGCAAGGUUUGCAGCUUAUUGGAGCACCUCAAUAAACUUCAGGUAAAGGACCGGCCUCCCAACAUUUUUGAGUGUCAGUUGAGGCUGUGGACACAGUGGUUUGAUACAUGGACUGAAGAGGAAAGGAAUGCCUUCUUGACCAGCCUGGAAGAGAAAGAUCCAGUUUUUGUUGCACAGUUCUACAAAGGCCUAGCUAGUACUGCAGGAAGGGAUUGAUGGUCUUGAAUCAGUAAUUUUUUCAAUCAUGUUUCAAUCAUGCCACGAUCUUGAACAGUGCAUUCAACCCUACCCUUUCUCUUGGAUAAGGAAAUCUUUUGUAAAAGUAUCUCAAUUUGUUAUCAGUAGGCAAGGUGAUCACCUGAAAGACACACCAGAAUGGCAUUUCUUGCCAUUUCCCUCCGAAGGAAUGCCCUAUCUAAGAGGAAGGACAGGGUUGAAUGUGCUGUUAUAGAUGAUGCCAUGAAUGAAUAUUGACUGUAAUUUAACUGAUCAUAAAUGUAAUCCUAAACUAUGAUGUCAAAAAUAUGAUUAGAGUGAAAGUGUUGCUGAUUUCAUACAUGAGAACAAAAAAACCUAAAUGUCACAUGCCAAACGUAUGAUUGGGAAACUGUCUGCAAGGUUUAUAUCUGCUUAAUGAGAGGAAUUGUUUUUUAGUUUGCAUUUCAUUAGAAUACUGAUGUACGCACUCCUCAUAAACUGUAUGGUAGUAUUUAUUUAUAGAUUUUUGCUUUCAUCUUGUAAAUUGAUACCAUUCUUUUCAUGUUACUAUUUCUAAAUUCUAUUAUGCCACUGAUGUGGUGCAGUGGUUCACAUUCUCGCCUCACAGCAAGCAAGUUCUGGGUUCAAACCUACUGGUUGGCUGGGGCCUUUCUGUGUGGAGUUUGCAUGUUUUCCCUGUGCCUGGGUUUCCUUCCACAGUCCAAAGACAUGUGGAUUAGGUCAACUAGCUACUCUAAAUGGCCCCUAGGUGUGAGUGUGAAUGGCUGUUUGUCUCUGUGUUAUCCCUGCAAUAGACUGGUGACUUGCCCAGGGUAUACC